CAAUGACACUGUAACCUGCUGCCGGCACCACAUUGCUUCUGAAAGCUGCGACUGACUUGUCAUUAGCGGAGUGAAGACACAGACAUCUUCUUAAAGAACCGGAGAGAGUCGGUGCUUUAAAGUCUACGGUAGAGAUCUAAGAGACUUGAUAUGCGGUUAUUAUGAUGAGCUCCUGACCUUCAACCCCUGUUCAACCUUACAAAACAGGUAAUCAUCUGCUUUUAACCUCAAGCAUGGCCCUUGCUGCAGUUGCUUGCCAAGCGCUCAGAGGGACAACUGGAAUUUUCACUAGUCAGUCGGCACCAUUGCUGUCGAGGGCCUGUGCUUUGCACGCCGGUCUCCUGAAUAGACGGAGAAUGACAUCUAAAAGCAAAACAGACCACUUGGAGAGAACAGCCAAUACCUUUAGACACGAGAUUAUUUCUCCUGCAAAGGUCUGCGGGAUCAUCAACGAGUCUGCUACUGUGAAGAGAGUGCGACUUGCUGUUGAAAACAAUGAAUUUUCUUUUAAAGCUGGACAGUGGGUAGACUUCUUUAUUCCUGGAGUUCCUGUAGUCGGAGGAUUUUCAAUUUGUUCAAGUCCUGGCCUCCUGGAAAGAGAAGGUGUUCUAGAGCUAGCAGUCAAAUAUAACCUACACCCUCCUGCCCACUGGAUUCACACGCAGUGUUCACUCGGCUCAGAAGUAGCUCUAAGAGUGGGUGGAGAAUUCUACUAUGAUCCUCAACCUUCCGACUCACCGGUGGAUCUGGUCUUAAUAGCUGGCGGAGUAGGGAUCAAUCCCUUGUUUUCAAUUCUGUUGCACGUUGCUGACCUUCACAAAACUCUGGCGACUACAGGAAAAGGUUUCCAAACAGGGAGCGUAAAACUCUAUUAUUGUGCCAAAAACACCAGCGAGCUUCUUUUCAAGAAAAACAUUCUUAGUCUGGUAACCAGCUUUCCUGGAAAGAUCAAAUGCAGCUUUCACGUCACGCAGCAGAACUCUCCAAUUUGCUGCGAGCUCCAGCCGUUUGUCACUGAGGGGAGAAUUUCUACAAACGAUCUAGCAAAAUGUGUCUCUCGUGAUCAUCUGUGCUACAUCUGUGGGCCACCUCCAAUGAUAGAAUCCAUGUGCAAACAGCUCGAAGGACUCCAUAUACCAAGAGACCAGAUUUACUUUGAAAAAUGGUGGUAGAACGUACUGUGUAUCCUUAAGAUGACAGCGAAUGACUGACUGGAGAUACAGUUUAGCUCCUCGUUAAGGAACGGUGUUUUCCUGUACCAUGUGUCUAUUAUGUUGGUAAGGGCUGGAGAGAAUAAAAAGGAGCAGGGCGGACAUUAAAUAAUGUUUAAAUUAUAAGCUUGUGGUUAAACAGCCAUCACUCCAAGGGUUGAUGAAACUUGAUUCAUUUGAAUCGUCAUGGGUUUUAAUGUGUGCUCGGCUUCUGUUAAGAAUGUGUUAAAAAGGUAUGGAGUGUUUUUUUUAAUCAUGUACUUGAAUUAUAUAAAAUGUAUUUUAUUUAAUUAUCA